AUGAAUAAUGUUUGUUUCAGUGAACAUGCUCGUAAUUCAUCGAGUGUACCGAUUUUUUAUUCAUCGAAUUAUGAGGAUACGCUCUUGAUGGGAUGCGGUUUGGAUAGUGCAACCGUACGACGAGAUGCACCGUCAUUUUUCGACAUGGAUUCAACCAGCUUACCUGUCCUAUAUUCGCCAUCGUUUUCUAGCAACAUCGAGCCCUCUCUAGAUCGAGGAGAACAGUGUUCUGACACUGAUCAUGAUUGCUUCUUUGAAAGUGGUAAGAAUUUUGAGAAUUCGGUUGAUAGUUGCUUCAGUCUGGAAUCCAGUCAACCUCAAGGUGUGUAUUUAUCGAGCCAUCCUCCUUCAGUGGCCUGCUGCCUCGUUAAGCACUUUAGUCAAAUUUUUCAACAUGGUUUCAAUGUGUAUCAACCCGAUGCUUGUAGCGAAGAAAAUUCAGUUGCUCCUGUUGGUGUCUUGGAUUCUUCAGUAAGGCUUCCUGAACAGAUUGUCACAAAUCUUUUGAGAGCUCAUCAUAUUCGUCAGGUACCAGCAGAUUCCCAUCAAAACUCUGUUCGUUCGAAUUCGGAAACCAACAAAAGCAAUCAGUUAUCUGGCGGUAUGCGUGUACCGUUGUCGUCUACGAAGCCAACACAUUCUUUCGAACGAACUUCUCAGUCAACGAGCUCAAUCAAAAGACCCACUGUACGAGAGUUACGUAAUUGUUCGAAGCCAGCACUCACCUCAAAGCGGUAUCGUCUGAAGAAGAUGCGAAAAUUAUUGAAGUAUGACCGAUGUAUUCGUGCUCAACGAGAACAAAUUGCCUUGCUUAAACAACAAAAUGGUUUGAGGGAGAUAAAGCUGAUGAGAAUGCAGCACACUCUGAAAUGUUUGAAAGAAUUUGUUUGCACCAAUCACUUGCCAGCUUCACCAACAACGAACGAUCUAAUAAAUGCACUUAUUGGUACUAGUAUUUUUGAUGAACUGAAUGAAUCUUUGUAA